UAAAAGGGUGUUGGUAUGUAUAGAAACACAGUGCUGUCACAGUGCCGAAUUCGUUAAGUUCUAUGUUUCAUGGUAACAGAAGCUCUAAAAAACAUUAAAAGCGUACACAUCUGGCAAACAUAGUAGGCAUGUAUGUCUGUUGGGGGUGCAGAAAGAGUUUUGUAUAUAUGAAUGAACAUAUUGAAUUGAUACUAUGUUAUUUUUCAUUUUUAUAAUUUUUAAUAUUCUUUUACAAAACAGAAUAACUAAAAUUUCCCAGUGACUUUUAAGUUAGAGGUUGUUGCUUUUUUUAAUACUUGAGUAAAUAUUGUAUCAAUAUAUUGUGCUUUGUCCUGGCAGGUGUUAUUUUAAGUAAUCCUAGUAACAAUACUAAAGCAGUUUAAUUUGAAUAUUCUUUAUCAAUAGAUUUUAGAAAAAGAGUUAUUAUUUGUUUGUUUCGGAAAAAAGUUAGUGUAUAAGAAAUGAAAAAGAGGAAUUAUUGCAUUGUUUAGUUAAUAUUAGAGUAGCGAUAGUGUUAUUAAAAUUUUUUUUUGAAACGAAAUUAAGUGUGUCAAUGAGAGAAAAGAGAAUAGAAAGUAGUGAAAUCAAUAUGAAUCCUUCCACCAGAAUAGUCAUCGAUUUUUCAAUUAUUAUUUGACCCUUUACAUAAAUAAGACAUUCAAUUUAGUGCAGUUAUGCAAUUUUUGGAACAUCCAGGACUAUCCAGAUUAUCUAUUCUUAUUAAUGAGCUUGAUGUCGGUGACCGCUUAUUAUGUGGAAAGCUUGAGCUCUUCAGUACAGGGAAAUGCGAAGCGGAACAAAUUGGAACCUCAAACAAUUUUAAGAAACGACGAACCUACCAAGAUAACUGGUGUUUUAAUCGGAAAAAUAACAAUUUCGCUAUUACUUCAGAAGGUGAAGAAGAUAAAAUAGAUAUGACGCAUUUUAAAAGUGUAACAUCCAGUGACGUUCACCGCGUCAAAGACUUCAUUUUAGAAAAACCUAAACUCCAGUCUCCCGAAAUUUGGGAAAAAGGACAAGAGCUGCUUUUUACUCUUGUCACAACUCUUAAUACUUGUUUUCCUGAUUACGACUUUAGUUGUGUUGGGCCGGAAGUCUUUGUUCGUAUAGAAGAUUUAGUCUCAGUGUACACUACUGUGAAUUAUCGUCUAUCAUUUUUUGCUGAAAGAGCUAUUCCUGGAUUUUUAAAUGAGCUUUGGUGUACUAUUCGUGAUGUGGUAGAUUUACGAAAUACAAUGGUGUAUAGUUAUAGAAAUGUUCAAGGGGAGAUCGAGUCAGACCCUCAUUGGGACAAUGGAGGUUGUCUUUUUAGUUUUGAUUAUUUUUUUGUGGAUGCUAAACAAGGUCGUGUUUUAUUUUUUUCUUGUAUGACAAAACGAAAAGAAUGGAAUGUUUCGGAUAACUCGAACUCAUCUUCCCAUGAACAAAGUAUUAUAACUUCGCCUUCCGAUGAUAGUUUAAAAAGCAUAAAGUCUUUUGAGACAACAUUAUCGGAUACGGAUGAUGUUGAGGACGAAACUUUGUACACAUGUCCAAUAGAUGAUUAACAUUUUGACAUAGCAACAAAACACUACCACUCAUUCUCCUACUAUUGUAUGUGUUUUUUUUUUAAUUGGUAUUACCAAAGCAACUUAGCGUACUGGUACGGCAAUGUGUAUGUGGACAUUGCCUUACUUAGUGUGUUUCCUUUUGUUCUUAACUCGAAAGUUCGAAAACGCUUUUUAAUCAU